AGUAAAUCUAGUUAGACUUUGAAUCCGCGCAGUUUGCUCUGUUGUUUUGUUUAGAUGUCUUGACCCUAGUUUACGACAAAGACAGCAUUUUACGUUUGAAGCGGGGGUAUUCCUUUGACAUAUGGGUAUUCUCGCGGCCACAGAUGUGGGAUGGCUCGCCCAUAUUAAGCAGCGGACAAAAGUCGCCUAGAUAUUGCUGUCCACAUAUUGUAGAGUGCCCUAGAUUAGUAAGAAAAUGUAUGUAUUAGCAAUAACCCUGAUAACGAGUCAGGCAAAUCAAUAUUUUUGUGGUUUAAGGGAAUGCAACUGGUGCAUAACAAGUCUGAGACAAAAUCAUAAUAUAAACUGGAAAUAAAUACUGGAAAAAGCUAUUGUUUAGAAGCUCUGAGCAAUAAAAUACACACGUUUUCUUUGUAGCGUCAGUUUAGAAGUUAAGCACAUUGAAGUCGAAGGAACGACUUUCUAACUCAGGAAAUAGGACCUUCCCAGUAGCACGUGAAUGCAGCACUACUUAACAAACCAGUGCCGUAAACCAGGCCCCUAUCUGUCGUAAACCAGGAAACCGAUAUGUAAACGUCAACUAACCUAAAUAAUAGUUAGUUGCUCGAAAAAAAGGGGGUUAAAAAGCGACAUAAACUAAUUCACACUUUUUUUUUCCUGUAGCUAACUUGCUAGCGAACAAUUAAAAUAUUUAAAAUAUUUAUUUGUGUUGUUAGGUUUGCUAGUUUAGCUACAUUAUGGACGUUUUACGUCCAGCUCUUAUCAAUAUAAAUGGAAGAAUAUACCGAAGGAAUAUCAUUAAGGAAGAACAUUAUGAGGAAGAAGAAAGAGAAGAUGUAUCUUACAUUGGACCACCAGAGAGUGAAGACUUUGCAGAUGAUGAAACCUGUGAUACCAACUACAUUGAACAGACUGAUAAGGGAUACCGCUGUGCUAUUGAUGUCCCAAGUGUUCUUUACAAAUACAUCAUUGGGAAAAAAGGAGAGACACGCAGACGUCUGGAGUUUGACACAAAGACAUCUAUCAAUAUCCCAAAACAAGGAGUGGAAGGACAGAUUGUUAUCACAGGUUCCCAUAAAGCUGCAGUCUCAUCUGCAGUCACACGGGUUGAGGUCCUUGUUGAGGGUUUCCGGAAGAAGCAGCCUUUCACGCAUUUCCUGUCAUUCCCUUUGAAUGAUCCCAGAAUUCAAGAAGGAUUCCUGAGCUUUAAAGACGAGGUGUUGCAGCAGUGCUCACAGGAUCAUGGAGUAGAGGGAAGCAUCUUUCAGAACCCUGCAAAGCUUCACCUGACAAUCGGCACCCUGGCUCUGUUAAAUGACAUGGAAGUGAGAAAAGCAUGUGAACACCUUCAAGAGUGUCAAAACUUCAUUAGGGACAUCACAGAAGGAAACCCUCUGUCGUUGGAGGUGACAGGCAUAGAGUACAUGAAUGAUGACCCAGCCAUGGUGGACGUCUUGUACGCCAAAGUCAAUGUGAAAGACAGAUCUGACAAGUUGCAGAUGAUUGCAGAUCGGCUGGUAGAGCACUUUGUCUCAGCAGGGCUGAUGGUCAGAGAAUGGGACAGAGUGAAGCUGCACGGCACUGUGAUGAACACUGUGUUCAGAAAGAACUCCACAGUUGAAGACAUGGGUGGCCCAGGAAGACAAACCAUGAGUGAACGAGAGGCUUUUGAUGCCAGAAACAUAUUAAAGAAAUUUGGUGCUUAUCGUUUUGGAGAGUUCGAGCUGAAUGCUGUCCUGCUGUCCCAGAGAUAUUCGACAGAUUGUACGGGCUAUUACACCUCCGCAGGGAGCAUCAACUUCUCAUGAGCUUCAACAGGGCUGAGCAUAUUCUGAGUGGCCUCCCCACACGAAGCCUCAACCUUGUUCCCACUCUCGUCUGUCGAGUGUGUCAGUGAAUACAGACAUCGGACACAGAGCCUGGCCACUUGCUCUCGCUGUCAGAUCUUUUUCAGCCCUCCCCUCAGCUGGCGAUGCGCUUUGCUUGGCAUGCAGGAGGGGUGAUCGCAGAGCAGCCAAAAGUUACACUGAUGGAAACUGAAGGCGCUUUUUGUUUGUCAGCUCUGCCAUCCUGUGCUGUCCACCCUCCCAUUUCAGCAGUGGCGUGACUCCCCCCCCCCCCACCCAUUCUCCUGGAGCCAUGUCAACAGACGCCAUUAGACAGGGACAUGCAAAUUCUGUCAUCGGGAAAACAGCCAGCCAGCCAAGCCAGCCGUGCAUUGACCAUGGCGCUGUCUGGGCUUAAAAUGUCUUUUUUCAGACCCAGGAAAGGCGCCUAAUUAUCCACUCCCUGCAUCCUGAGAGCAUGCUUGUUACUGGGUCAGGAGUACACAUCCAGCAUAACGGCACUCUCAGGUAACAGAGUGAGGACUCUGGUAAUUGCCAAUACUAUUGUUUAUAAGCACACAGAGAGGCAGAGAGAGAAGAUGAUUUGGAAGUUAAUGAAAUUCAUUGAGAACGUGCAUCCUUUUUUCUUUUGGCAUGGACAUGAUUAAGGAUGCACUGGGCAGAUGUCUUCACCAAUGAUCGUAAGGAAAAAAAACAAAACGUGAAGGAACAUGCAUCAUCCGCAGACAGAUUCAGACACUGAAGACAUAUUUAAUUUGUCACUCUAUUUCAAUAUAAGCUGUUCGAACUAUGUGUUUAUUUAAAUGGCGAUAUGUGUGUUUUGUUGCAUAGAUUAAGAACAUCUUGGACUAUAGUGCUGCACUGAAUGAUCGUUAAGUCUAUAAAAUGUCAUAAAAUAGUAAAACAGGGCCAUUUAUUGAAUGUUUAAAUACUGCUUAUCAAUGCUAGAUGCCAGGUGACGUAUUUAAAUUACUUGUUUUGUCCGACCAAUAGGCCAAAACCCAAAGAUAGUUAAAUUACAAAGAUGUAAAACAGAGAAAAGUGGAAAAUUCUUACAUUUGAGAUGCUGGAACCAGCAAAUGUUUGGCAUUUUUGGUUGAUAAAUUAGUAGAGUCAGAAAUAGAAGUCAGAAAUGUGACAAUAAUUUUAGACAGUAUUUGUUUGAUUUCCAUAUAUUUAUCUACGGUGUGGGUAAUGAUUUAGAUUGACUCAACAAGAUCAUGUCACUAUGUUGUCUGUGGAUGCGCUUGCUUACGCAGAGCUCGACGUGCAUCUUUUUCUGUCCCUGCCACAUCUCUCACCCCAAUUAGUCAGCUCUGUGCUUCCUGCUGUGCAGACCUAUUUCCCCGGUGGAUCUACAUCCUUAUUUCUGAAGAUCUGAAGAGACACAAAAGCUAGGUUUGAAUUAAAUGUCAAACAUUUUAGUUGUCUUUGUAGACAAUACUUCAUUUACAUUAGAAGGAAGAAAAAGCUGUGAUUUUGAAAGCGGUGAAAUCAAAGCAAUCACUUAGAUGAGACUGUAAAACUUACAUUGAACCUUUCAAUAAUGACAAUUAUUUUAUGUUUGGUAACUGCAGUCGUAUGUUAUCUCAUCCAAGUAUUGUUUAGGCAACUAUCCAAUUUGCAUAUUUAAUUUCAUGCCAGUUUUCAAAGUAGCCUUUUUAUGCUGUUUGAAAUAGGUCUUACUUGAUCAAUUUAAGCUUUUAGCACAUUUUGGGUUUUGAUAUUCAAAACCGCACUUUGCAAUUUUUCAUUAGAUAUCAAGCUUUCAUUCAGAGGAGCUGGCGUUUAACAUCUGCUGAGGAAAAAAAAAAAAAAAAGGAGGAUGUUUGACAGACGUGACCUUUUUAAUACAGUAGAUAUGUUUGAUUUGGAUGCUCGGAGUAAUAACACACAUGGAAUCGAUUAAGCGCCUAAUUACUUUUUAAGGUCACGGUAAGUUUUACCCUUACAUCCCUUAUAGCGCAAAUGUCAAUCAGGUUCAUAAAAUAUUUUAAUCCAAGUCCAAUUAACUGAAAGGGUGAACUUGACAGCAAGAAAGCACUGAGAUGACAUUUCAGUAGUAAGCCUCAUACUCCUGGUGUCAUGUAUUCCCCUUAACAAGCUUGAAUCCUAAGAUUGUUUUGCAAGAGGGUGUUUUGAUCAAUCAAACCCAUCUAUCCACGAGAAGUUACAAAGUUGCUCUGUAAAUGAUCUUGCUAGACAAAGCCAACAAAUCUUUCAAGUUAGAUAUUGUUAGCGGUGAAAUAUGACAGCGCGCCUUCCUUUGAUUAUUCUCUCAUGAGUCUCCAGCUGAGUGUCACCGUCGUUUGAAUGUCACACUAAUCACUCUGUCACUAAUGGGCAUGAGCGGCCUUGACGGACAGCCAAGGCUAGAGUAUUU